UCCAUACCACUUAACUUACAAAGACCACUCAACGCGGAGCCUCGUGUUUCUCAACAAAAUGAAACCUUUUCCGGUUUGGUCCCAAAACCUUCACUUGCUUCUUUUCUUUACUUUGAUCUUUCAAUCUUGCAGAGGAGCUGCUUCAUCACCAUCAUUGGGAAACAAAACUGAUCACUUGUCCUUGCUCAAAUUCAAGGAAUCAAUAUCCGAAGAUCCCUAUCAUAUCUUGGACUCUUGGAAUGCUUCAACACACUUCUGCAACUGGCAUGGAAUCACUUGCGGCCACAAGCAUCACAGAGUUACUCGGUUGGUGUUAGAAGAUUAUCAAUUGUCUGGUACUUUAUCACCCUUCAUUGGCAAUCUCUCCUUCAUCAGAUACAUCUCUCUUGGUGCCAAUAAGUUUCAUGGAGAGAUCCCACAAGAAUUCGGUCACUUGUUUCGAUUGCAGGAACUUUAUCUGGAAAAUAAUACGUUGACAGGAGAAUUUCCUGUUAACGUCACAAGUUGCUCUAACCUCAGGUACUUCUCAUUUGGAGGGAAUCAUCUCAUUGGCAAAAUACCAAUGGAGAUUGACUCUCUCCAAAAGCUUGAAGAAAUAUAUCUACCUGUAAACAAUUUCACGGGUGAAAUCCCAAUUUCCAUAGGGAAUAUUUCUUCCCUUCGUCUUCUUUCUCUGGGUCGGAAUAACUUGGAGGGGACUGUACCUGAAACAUUAGGCCACCUGCAAAAAUUGGGAACAAUUGCUAUAGGUUCCAACAAGCUUUCUGGUACAAUUCCCUCUUCUAUUUACAAUUUGUCAAGUCUUACUUGGCUUGGGGUUGCAAAUAAUCAACUUAAUGGGUCUCUCCCAGUCAAUAUGUUUCUCACCCUCCCUAAUCUCCAGUUAGUGGAAGUUGAUAUGAAUCAAUUUUCAGGCCCUAUCCCAACUUCCCUAGUCAAUGCUUCUAGACUUGUACGGCUUGCAUUGGCGGCUAAUCAUUUGACUGGGCUUGUUCCAGAUCUGGGAAAGUCGCAUGAUCUUUCAGUACUAAACAUUGGUCAUAAUGAUCUGGGAAGUAAUUCUGCGGAAGACUUGGAAUUCUUGAAAUCUUUGAUCAAUUGUAGUAAGUUGAAAGCAAUUGAAUUGAGUUCCAGCAAUUUUGGAGGCCAUCUACCAAAUUUCAUUGGCAAUUUGUCCACCCAUUUGAAAGGACUCUAUUUAUCAGACAAUCAAAUCUCUGGUGAAAUUCCUGAAGCGUUGGGAAAUCUUGUCAACUUAUGGGUAAUAGAUAUGGACAAUAAUCAUUUAACCAACACGAUCCCAACUACUUUUGGGAAGCUUCAAAAGAUGCAAGCAUUAUAUUUAGUAGGGAAUAGGUUGUCAGGAGAAAUAACACCUUUUAUAGGCAACCUCAGUCAGUUGUUUGAUCUAGAUUUGUCAGGUAAUAUGCUAGAAGGACCAAUUCCUCCAAGCAUUAGAAAUUGCCAAAAAUUGCAGAAGCUUGACCUGUCACGAAACAAGUUUAGUAACACCAUGCCUGUAGAGAUAUUUGAUCUUCCAUCUUUAUCGAUCUUGCUGAACUUGUCUCAUAACUCGUUUAGUGGUAAGCUCCCUAAGGAAGUAGGAAAGUUAAAAAAUAUUGAUGAACUGGAUUUUUCCCAUAAUCAUUUGCCUGGAAAUAUUCCAGAAACGAUAGGAGAUUGCAAGAGCUUGGAGUACCUUUUUUUACAGGGGAACUUCUUCCAAGAAAUCAUCCCUUUAUCUUUGGCUUCGUUAAAAGGUCUACGAUACUUAGACCUGUCAGAAAAUAACUUGUCUGGUUCAGUUCCAAAGGAAUUGCAGGAUAUUUCCGUUUUAGAAUACCUGAAUGUUUCUUUUAACAUGUUGGAUGGUGAAGUGCCAAAAAGAGGUGUCUUUAGCAAUGCAAGUGCAAUAUCAUUGACUGGGAAUAGUGAGCUUUGUGGAGGAAUUCCAGAUCUAAAACUACCACCAUGUCUUGUUAAAGUUACGGGAGAAAGAAAACAUCAUACUUCUGGGUUGGUCGCAGCAAUAUGUUGUGUGGUGGCUUUUCUUUUGAUACUGUCUUCCAUUCUUGCUAUUUAUUAUUAUAAGAGGAAAAGAAGCAAGAAAUAUCCCUCCAAUUCACCGGCAAUUGACAUGCUUCCCAAAGUGUCAUUUCAAAGUUUACACAAUGCAACGAAUGGGUUCUCAGCCAACAACAUGAUUGGAUUUGGGAGAUUUGGCUCUGUAUAUAAGGGAAGUCUUGAGUCUCAUGAUGUUGUCGCAAUAAAGGUCCUCAACCUUCAAAUUAAGGGAGCUGACAAGAGUUUCGUGGCUGAAUGUAACUCGCUCAAAAAUAGAAGACAUCGAAAUAUGGUGAAAAUUGUUACAUGUUGCUCCAGCAUAGAUUUCAAGGGUCAUGAAUUUAAAGCUCUGGUUUAUGAGUACAUGGUGAAUGGAAGCUUGGAAAAUUGGUUGCAUCCAGGUGCCAAAGAUCAAGUUCAUCCAAGAAUUUUGAUCCUCGAUCAAAUCAUAAAUAUUUUACUCGAUGUUGCGUCUGCAUUACAAUACCUUCACCAUGAAUGUGAGCAACCUCUUGUUCAUUGUGAUUUGAAGCCAAGCAAUGUCCUUCUUGAUGGCGACAUGGUUGCUCAUUUGAGUGAUUUUGGAUUGGCCAGGAUAUUUUCAACUAUUGAGGGAAAAAUUAAUAAACAAAGUAGCACAAUUGGAAUAAAGGGCACCAUUGGUUAUGUUCCUCCAGAAUAUGGAAUGGGUCUCGACGUGUCAAUACAAGGUGACAUGUAUAGUUUUGGCAUUCUUAUUUUAGAGAUGCUAACCAAAAAAAGGCCCACCGCAGAUAUAUGUGAAGACGGUCACAAUCUUCAUAAAUUUGUGGAAAUUGCAUUUCCAGAUAAGCUUUUGGAAGUUGUGAAUCCUAGUAUUCUUCCUAGGGAAUCUGAACAUAGAAUGCAGAUAUCAGAAGGCUCAUUGGAGGAUUUAAUACAGGUCCAACCUAAUGUGGUGAAAUGCCUAUGCUCUUUAGUUAGGAUUGGACUUGCUUGUUCAGUGGAAUCACCACAUGAAAGAAUAAGUGCAGUGGAGGUUGUCAGGGAGUUAAUUUCCAUCAAGAGUUCUUUUACUUCGCGGCCAUAUAAAUUGGCGUCUGAUCGAUCAGCGAUAAAAGUCUAAUCUUUAUUGGGAUGAGCCUACCGUUGUUUUCUUGGGCAUAUAUGUGUGCAUGUUUUUUAUAUUACUUGGUCUCCAUGUUGGCUUUAGAAGCUUAUAAUGAGCAGAUCAUCAAAAUGUGCUUUAUGUUUAUAUUUUUGUUAUUUGUGGCUAUGUUCACAAUUUCCUAUCUUAUAUGUAUAUGACUGAUUUCAGUCUCCAUUAACAUAAUUUAGAAACUAUAUGAAUAAAAAGAGU